CCCCAAAUGGCUUCCACCCAAUGCUUUUGAAAUUAUUAUUUUUUAACCCUUUAUUUAUUUUGUAACACUCCAAUCCCCGUUCGAAAGCUUCAUUUCAGAUCGAUUGGGGAGGGAGGGAGAGAGAGAGAGUGUGUGCUCUCCACCAAAAAUAUUCUGGGAAUGGGUUUUUGGACGCUACUAGAAGGUUGUCUGCUUCUUGCUAAUGCACUGGCAAUAUUAAAUGAGGAACGUUUCCUCGUGCCUAGAGGGUGGAGCUUCCAGGAAUACUCAGGUGUCAGAAGAAAUUCGCUCAAGGGGCAGAUGAUUGGUCUUAUUUAUGCAGUCCAGUACAUGAGAAUUCCUCUUAUGAUUGCCAAUACCAUUGUCAUUGUUGUGAAACUGGUGUCUGGGUGAUGUUGCAUUGUACGUCACUGCCUGAUAAAUGAGCUGAAUGGUUGCACGGAUUGAUGAAGGUUCACCAUGAUUGAUGGAAGUGUGAAGACGUUUUUAUUUUUUUAUUUUUAUUUUGGAAGAGGCAGCAUUUGUUAAAAAACAACAAAAAAUGCUUUCGUAGGAACUUUCUUUCUUAGUAUUUGUUGUUAGGAUCCAUGACAUAUCAUGGUGGUGGAAGCAUCAGGUGGUUUGUGAAACUGGUUUGCAAUAGAUUUACUGAUUUUGUAUUGUUGAAAUGGCUUCGGCGCAGAUGUGUGUUACGGUUUAAGAAUUUAGUUCAUUGAUUUGUUAAUUCUC